ACACGAUGGUGUGUCCCCCACUAACCAACCAAUUCGUAUACCGCCGAACACCAUUGAAAAAUUGGACAUUUCACUUAACCGUCGAGACUGUGGAGCCCUACUUUUCGAUUCGUUUCUUUAGUUGAAGAAAAGUGCUCCAAUGCAAAGCACUACAAAAAGUAAUAAUUACGAAACGGAGCGGCAAAAGUAACUUGAAAUAUUUUUUUUCGAAUCAACACGAAAGAAACAAAUUUGAAAUUUAACGAAAACACCGACUGAGAUCAGAAGAGACUAUUGUUGAUUUCAUUUGAUUUUACCAAACAAAUGCAAAUGAUAUUGUUUAUGUGCGAGAGAUCAGUUUUUGAUUCAAUCGAAAUUCGAUAUUUUAUUGGCAAAGUUUGCGGUGUAUGAUCGAAAAAAUGUUUUCUUGAUUGUGUGGUGUGAAUUGCAUUAGAUUUUAUUUGUGAAAAGAAAAAUAAUUUUUGUUUUAUUUGUUCGUUGCCAUAGUUUUGAUAAAAAGAAAAUUUUCCCGUUUCAACAAAAGGUUUCAAUUUUAAAAUUCAAUUUGAUUGAACGAAAAAAUAAUUUCAUAUUGUGGAACAAUGUGGGUGCCAUCUGGAUUACCUUUUAUGCUCGGAUUAUUCCUGUAUUUGUCUUCAGGUUUAGAAGCCCAGUCGAGACGUCCUGCAUCUCGUGUUUUCACCACAAACAUCAAAUCUUCGUCGAACAGCGAUUUCAAUUGUCCCGAAGAAUUUGGAUAUUAUCCACAUCCAACUGACUGUUCGCAGUACUAUGUUUGCGUAUUCGGUGGUGCCUUAUUGGAAAGUUGUACAGGCGGUCUUAUGUACAGCCAUGAAUUGCAAACCUGCGAUUGGCCCAGAAAUGUUGGUUGUGAAUUGAGCGAUAAUAUUGCACCAUCGGCAAUAGAUCGCCAAGUAACGCCACGCAUACCACAAAUACAAACAAUUCAACCACAGGCACAUACAAGUCAACCACAAAAGUUCAGAUUUUCAUCGCCAUCUGCACCAUCGUCGUCAGGACAAGGUAUUCCGGCUAGAGUGCAUGCAAUUCCACCGCCUCCACAAUUGAAAGUAGCCCCGAAUCCAGUUAUCACAUCCAGAGGACAGCCCAAGUUCGAAGAGGAAAAAGAUCUUGCCGAACUGUACGCUGAAGCCCAUGAAACUUUGCCACCGGUGGAGGAAGAAGAAUCUGAUCGACAGCAAAGAGUUUACCGCGGUCAACCAAGUACGGUUACCCAAGUGCAACGAGAUCGUGAUGGCCUUCUCCAUCAACCAAGUGUAAAUGCCAUUUCGACUCACGGUAAAAUCGGAUCGUUUGCAUUCGGUUCACAGAUCGGUCAGCACAGUGACCGUAAGAAAGCACAUGCGGACCGAAUAAAACGUGACAUCGAAACUGAGACAUACACGAACGAAACGCUAGCGAUACAGACAUCGUCACCAUCAACAUCAGACGAGUACAAACGUUCGCCCAGACAAUUACGACCACCACCAAUAGCCCGAUCACCAUGGCAGUUCGGGAACAACGAUCAGUACAAUAAUGACAAACAAUUUCAACCUCGACUGACUGUUAAUCAAAACUAUAAUCCAUUUCUGACUGUACCACAAAGCACAAACUCUAGUCCGUAUUUUAAGCCACGCGAACAGUCCAACGCUAAGCCGGAGUACAAUCCGUAUGCCAAUUCUUACUCGAAAGCCAACAAUGCUGGCGGGGAGCAAGCUAAAACGAGUCAAUUUCACUCGAAUCCGUCGUAUCGAUAUGUGGAUCAAGACAAUUUCUACGCAAACAAUUUCAAAGCAUCCACCAAAGAUCCACUCUAUCCGGAUACGCAGAAUACUCCAAUUUAUUCAAAUAAUGCGAAACCGAAGUUCAAGCCGGCACAUGACGACCGACUGCCCGACAAUUUCUCAUUUUUCCACUUCGGGAAUGACAAUCGCGACGAACGAGAACACCGUAAAAUUAUCAGUCCUCAGGAGUUUGUGAACAAAUUACCCAACGUGGCUAUCCUACCGAAUGCGACGCCAAAAAAUCAAUUUAUAUCGUUCAGCACCGUCGGCGGUUUUUACAACAAUCAACCAACCACUCAAUCGCCAAUCGAUGACUACAAAGAAUUUAGCAAAUUUCGUCAAUCGAAUGCAAAUGGAAAAUUGAGUUUUAGCACACCACGGCCGAAUGUCUAUCACUCAUCGCCGGCACCAGUGUACGAAUCAACUGACGACUAUUACGAUUAUGGCAAAGGGUCAUACGUAGGCAGUUUCUAUUCCACUACACCUCCGCCACAUCAACAAUAUUCAACGCCACCGAGGAUAUUUUAUCAGCCCGUAACAACAACUCAGCGGUCCAAUUUUUACAAUAAGGCAAUUACAAAACAUCAAGAACUGCCGACAACAUAUUCACCGCAAUACGAAUAUCCUACAACUCAGAAACCGCAACAUAGACAACAUUCAAAUAUACAAACGACAACCCCGCGCGUAGCCCCCGAUAUUACUAGUCACACAUACUAUCCCGUAAAUGUUGCUUUCCAACAAAUCGACACCAAAGAGCACCACAAGUCGCCCGCAAUAUUUAACUAUCACGUGGUGAAAGACGAGAUCACCAAACCGACUCAGAAGACGCAAAGGUUUUUUGUGACGAAAAAGUCAACAGCAGAAUCUACGACAACAUCGCCGCCUCCCACAACCCAAAAACAUUCAACCAUCAAAUUGGGCGACGAUUUCACUGGCCCAUUGGUUGGCCUAGAUUUCGACUUUGACAAAUUUGUUGCUGGGAUUCGUGAGACACAUUUGUCGCAAUUGGAUGCAAAAAUUGCCAACCAUUACAAAGAUAAAGCUUUGAACACGACGCCGAAAAAAACCUAUGUUGAUGUUAGCAGGGCCACUACGACAGCCCGUUCCAUUCCAGAUUCGUCCACAUGGAAACCAGUAGAAACGACAACAGUAACAUUUGGCUCGAGAGUGGAGAGAACGACUUGGAAGCCGACGACGAAACUUAAUAAACUGUUGGAAACUGGUGGUCUUGUUAAUAAGAGCACACCAAAACCAUUCUUCAAGUACACUGCACUAAGCAAUGAUUUUAGAUAUCAGACAUCAACCGCUCCAACAACAGCAAAGACCCAGUCGACCACAUUAGACUCGGAUGAGUAUUACUAUGAAGAUGACGAAGAAGACGAAGAAGAAGCAAUAGAAAAGGAAAAAGAACAAUUAGAUGUUCUGAAGCAAAAACCCACACCAACACCAUCGGUUCGUCCGUCAACGCGUUCUCCGAAAGGUUAUGAAAGCUUCAUCAACAGCAUUCCCAAGAAACCCACAACCAAACUUCAACUGGUGAACAAUGAAACGUCUGACGACGAUGACGAUGAAUACUACUAUGACGAUGAUGAGGACGACGAUGCCAUUCAUUCGCCUCCUGCAAUAAAAUCACAGUUCGUUCCCUUAUCGGAAACAAUGGCACCACGGCCACCAACCACACCAUCCUAUCGGAAUAGCUCAUACCAUACGCACUUUCCAUUUCUACAACACACAACACCGAGUCCCGACAAUGUGUUCAAUCGCAAUCAGCAAACUGCAACGAUUCCCGCUUUUAUAACAUUCCCGAAAGACAUUUUCCAAGACAUAAAACCACUGAACAACAUUCAACGUUACUUGAACCAUUCAACACUACGACCGUACACAAAGCGAACACGAUUAGGCUCGACUAGCGCGCCUGAAUUUACCACCGAAUUUCUAUUUACAACAACGACCACAACUUUACCACCAACGACAACGACGACACGGACCAGUACGACAACCAGAAAGAUUUACACAAUUCGACCGAAUCGCGGUCAGCCGAGAUGGAAGUUACAAAAGUCAAUUGACGGAACGAAAAAUAACAAAAAUUUAUUGGAAUAUGAUGACAAAGUGGGAAACAGAGUUGAGCAAUCGACACAAUCGCCGACCGUUUACAUUCAACAACCAUCAUCUAGACCGAUUCCGCAAAAUAACAAUCGAAACUAUUACAACACGACCAACAGCAAUGCGGGGUACUCGAAUCCCUCUCAAUUCGAUUCAUAUUAUUCCGUGUACGACGAAGAUGUUGAAUUGUAUAGAGAUAUUGAUUACGGUCAACAAUACACUACAGUUACACAAAAGCCAAUCCAGUCCACAUAUCGACCAAGUACUGUGUCAACUCAAUCGCCUCCAAGAGAGACGUAUGUAAAACAGGAACCUGUCUACGAACAACGGCCUGUUAGCUCUUACAAUCCAGACUAUGAUGAAGCACUCAUAGCACAGUUGGAAGGAGAUAGCACCUACGACCAUCCACCGAGGAACCAGCUGAGGGGAAACGAAAUAAAUUCAAUCUCCGAUAAUCAAUUUGCGGUAACAUCAACACGUUCACCAAACGUUGGAUAUUCCUCUACAACAUACACUCCGACUAAACAAAUUUAUACAACAUUGUCGACGACAGCAUCGCCACAAAUAACUUCGACAAGAUCAACAUUGUUGGAUGAUGACAACAAUACAACAUCUGAAACAAUAAUUUUAAAGUUGUCAACACGCGCGGGUAUCCCAGCCGCAUUGGUUCCGUCCAAUCCCAAUAAUAUCCCAUCCAAUUCCCCACUCACCCAAUCGAACAGAAAUAAUCAACCGUCAGAAAUAAACGUACAAGUGUUACCGAACCACCCAUUCCCUGACAGUACGAAGACCAAAAAUCCAACACGAUUAAUUAGAACUAAUGACAAUGUAGACGCAAGAAUAUUAACAUUAAGUUCGGGUUAUCAAGCACGUAGUCGAAGCGCAGACAGUGUCGCUUCCACGACAACAUUGUCGCCAAAACCGUCAGAUAUCGAAAGCCAGCGUCAGAAAAUAUUGAAUUUCGUUGUGUCUGAUGCACAGCCACAAAGUUUCCAACCGAGACCGUCCACAACAAGUACUACCACAACAACAACAACAACAAGCACAACAUUUCGACCUCCACAAUAUUCAGAACAGUUAGGCGAAGAGUUAGACUCGCAAAACGCUUUUGUAAAUAGGCCAUCAUCAAUCAAAUCCUAUCCAACUACCACAACAAAUGCACCCAAUGCUCUUAUAUCCGGAAUCCAUCUCCCAGCUAACAGAUUACCUAAAACUGAAAACAUAAAAUUAGUUUUGACAUCAGGACUCAGGGAUGUUAGUAAUGAGGAAAUUAAGCAGCCCGAAGUGGAACAGGGAUCUGUUGAAAUUGUUCCGUUAUACAUUCGGGAAAGUAAUGGCAAACCCUUGGUUGACGCCACCGUUGAGCCAACAACGUAUGCGCCAGCGAAACCAUUUAGAUCAAUCAAGCGACCUACCGUUUUUUCAGACGCGAUCGCCGAAAUUGAUAGCCAGGAUGGAGAGGAAUCUAUGACGAAUAUUCAACAGCGACCAUACGAACAAAAUCUAGAAUCUGCUGAAUUUGUACCUACGCCAGCGUCACCAACAAAAUUAGUUUCCAAAUUUUCGUACAAAUAUUUAGACGAUAGGAACUAUCGGAAUAAGCCAUCAAUCAACGAGCCAGCUCCAUACUUCACUUCUAGAUCAAAUAACUUCAAGGAAGUGUUAAAUAAGACAUACGAAACAUCAACGACAUCAAAGUUGUUUGUGUCUCCUUACACCAGUUUAAGAUCGAUUUUACAAGAUGAAAGCGUAAAAUCUACAUCUUUACGACCGGUGAUUCGGCCAAGUCCAAUAAACAAUAAGAAUCAUACAUUGGCUAGCUCUUCACCGCCACCUUUGCGCAGUUACUAUAGUAUAACUGGUACGCCAAGAAGUAUAUCGACAUCGUCGACUACAAAUCGAUUUAUCAAGUCCACUACAGAACCAACGACCACAACAUCAACCGAUUCUACUACGACAACAACUAAAUCAACAAUUCCAACGACAACAACCGCUGCUUUAUCGGAUCAAUGGAUAUCACUAUCGUCAACUGAAAUCGAUCGAUACGUUAAGUCGCCGAAGAAAUUGAUACAGCACAGCAACCGAAAUCAAUAUCAAAGUUUCAGUACAACAGAAAAUUCUGUGGAAAACGAUGAGCCUACGACGUAUUCACCAAAUCAACCAGAACAUGCGUACCGUCGGAAAGUAAUUAGAACUCGCCCAUAUGUAAGUAGUACCCCACCGCCAGUGCAAUACGACGAAGAUGAUAACGAUGAAGUUUUAGACGUCAUUCGAGAUGCACAGUUUUCGAAAUUGUUGGAAUCGGUCUUGGAUACCAGCAGCAAACCAAAGAAAUACGAAACGAGAAGAGUUUCGAACCAGGUUGUGCCGGUCACAACCACAACAACUGAACAAUAUCCGGAGAAUGUUUUUGAUUCAACAACUCGAUUGAUCGAAAUAACCGAUCGACCACAUCAAUAUUUUUCGCAUUACCGCCAUCUGUCUACGGAGCGAACAGUUGGCAGUGCCAUAUCAUCGACGCAAAGAUACGUUAACAAAACGACACCGAAACUAAGCGAUGAACAACUGCGUGAGAGAUUUAGAGCUACUGUUGAAAUGCCCGAAUUUAAUAUACCAACCGAAUCUGAACGGAAAUUGUACAAACAUACUGCGGCAGAGGACGACUCAUCGAACGAAUCUGACUUGACAACGACGUUGACCAAUACGAUUACCGAAGUGACCACACAAAGUACAUCGACAACGACAAAAACCGCAAAACCCAGUCGAACAACAACAACGACAGAAGAAUUACCAGUCCCAUCGACAUCGACCACACCAAAAUCCUCCAGUACAACAAAUUCCAUAAAUACGAUCCCGCCGCGCGCAUCUCGUGUCAAUGCUGCCAUCAAAACAACUAUAGCUGCUGCUUCGCUGCCACGAAGAGCCACAAAAGCACCCGUUACAUUGAACUGCACAGAAAAUUCACCAAAUGCUAAGUGCAACGAAAUUCCUUCGAGAACAAAUUCGAAUACAAGGAAUCGUGGAACGUCACAUUUCUCAACAGCUAGUGGUGACGAUCGGCCAGCUACUGUUGCUGUUAAUCGAGGAACUCAUCCACCUCGCUCCCGUCCAACACUGAAACCAUCUGGAACGAUCGUUUCGAAGGCUCAAGAAUUUGUCGACAUCUACCGGAAUCCACCAAGUCGUCCAGAGCCUUUGUAUCCUCAACCUACUCCCGAUAAAACUGCUGCUAGAUGUCGCAAAGAUGUUUGCUUGUUGCCAGAUUGUUCGUGCGGAGGCAAAGAAAUUCCUGGUAAUAUACCACCGAAACAAACACCUCAAAUCGUUCUCAUUACCUUCGACGACGCUGUGAAUGAUUUGAACAAAGACUAUUACGAGGAGAUUUUCGAACGUGGACGAAAAAAUCCGAAUGGUUGUCCAAUAACAGCCACAUUUUAUGUUAGUCACGAGUGGACGGACUACGGUCAGGUUCAAAGUCUUUAUGCCAACGGCCAUGAGAUGGCUUCACAUACUGUGUCUCACAGUUUCGGUGAACAGUUUUCGCAAAAGAAAUGGACUCGCGAAGUGGCCGGUCAACGUGAAAUACUUGCUGCUUAUGGUGGCGUCAAGUUGAACGAUGUCCGCGGUAUGCGUGCACCAUUCUUGUCGGUUGGUGGAAAUAAAAUGUUCAAAAUGUUGUACGACUCGAACUUUACGUACGAUUCGUCGAUGCCCGUUUAUGAGAACAGACCACCCAGUUGGCCAUAUACGUUAGACUAUAAAAUUUUCCAUGAUUGCAUGAUACCACCAUGUCCGACAAAGAGCUAUCCAGGAGUCUGGCAAGUACCGAUGGUAAUGUGGCAAGAUCUCAAUGGAGGCAGAUGUUCAAUGGGUGACGCUUGCGCAAAUCCACCAGAAUCAGAUGGAGUGAUGAAAAUGUUGAUGAAAAAUUUCGAUCGCCAUUACAGCACCAAUAGGGCCCCAUUCGGUUUAUUCUAUCACGCUGCUUGGUUCACUCAGCCGCAUCAUAAGGAAGGAUUCAUUAAGUUUUUGGACACCAUCAAUGCAAUGAAUGACGUUUGGAUAGUCACCAAUUGGCAGGCAUUGCAGUGGGUGCGUGACCCUACACCGAUUGAAAGGAUUAACCAAUUCCAGCCAUUCCAGUGCGACUAUUCGGAUCGACCAAAACGCUGUAACAAUCCAAAAGUGUGCAAUUUGUGGCAUAAAUCUGGUGUACGAUAUAUGCGAACGUGUCAACCGUGUCCGGAGAUCUAUCCUUGGACCGGCAAAACUGGUAUUCGGUCAUCCAGAGUAGACAAUGAUGUUGACGAAUAGAAUUCAAUUAGAUCGGAAAGAAAAGAAAUUUACGGAGGAUGAAGAAUUGCACUCACGAUAAAGAAUUUUUUUUUUGUUUGUUUACAAAAAUGAGAGCAAAUUAUUUAUUUUAAAAGUUUAUUAUUUAUGUUUUAUCCUUUCUAAAAUUAAGUUAAAAUUUCAACUUUCUUUUUUUAAAUUAAUUUUAGUUUUUUGUUUCGAUUUUUUUUUUCGUUUAAUAUUUAGCAUCGUCGCUUCUUAUAGUAUUAUUUGUGAUAUUUAUUUGUCCUACUGAAGGCGAAAUUUAAUAAUUAGAACAAAAACGAGAAAUUUUUCUUUCGAACCCUGUAAAAGAAGGCAAAAUUUUGUUGACAAAAGAUGGAGAAAAUACAAAAAAAAAAAUAGUUUUUAAAAAGUGUCUUCAUCACCUUAUCAAAUCAUCCGAACAUAAAGUUUAGAUUUAAUUCAAUUGAAACUUGUAAUUCUUUCUUUUCGUAUUUCGUUUACUUUUCUCUUCAUAUUGUGCCAAAUUUUGUAAAUAUUUUCUAAACUUUUCCAAUUUAGCUUUGUGACAUCCUAUCUCUAUCUAUCUUAAAAAAAAAAAAAUCAUUCAAAAUCAAUUCACUUCAAAAAAAACCUAUACAAACGGCCACAUUAUCUAUAAUCGACAAUGGAAUAAUGAACUAUCCUAAGUUAAGUUUUGCCGUCUGUCAAAGGAUGAAAAAAAUUUUGUUAUUAAGGUGUCUGACUCAUCACGAUGAAUAGAGAAAGAAAUUUUGAUAAAAUUAAAUUGCUUAAAUUUGAUUCGCAUUUCUCUUCUUAAUCACUUUAUAGUCGGGUCCCUUGUGCCAAUCCGCUCACUUUAUAUUUUUCGAGCUUUUCAGUUGUCAUACAUGAUUGAGCCAUUUUUUCUGACACAAGGGCCUGGACUAUUAAGGACCAAUGUGUCUGUUUUGUAUUAAAAAAAAAGAAUUAAAAUUUUGCUUGGAUGAGUUGCAUACCUUUUUAACGAAACGAAAUUAUUUUCUUUUUGUUUAGGAAACUUUUAAAAUCAUUCGCACACCACUGCCCGCACAUCUCAUUUUGAUUUGCUAAUACUUUUAGUUUAAGUAAAAGUGAAAAAAAAUUAAUUAUGAAAUGCAAAACGUAAAGUUUUCUAUUUUUAUCGGAAAAGAAGAAGCUAUGAGAGACAAGGUAAAUAGAAAUAGUUAAUGCGAUAUCAGACAUGUUGUAUAUUAUUUAGGUUUUAAAUUGGCUAUAAUUAAUGAUAAAUUUUGGCGUUGAAGAAUGCUUCGAAAAAAAUAAAAAGUAAAAUAAAAUCCUUUCUUGUUUGUAGGCUUAGUUUUUUGUAUACAAAAAACCAGUGAGUGACACAAGCAAAAAAUAAAUAUUUUUUAAAUUUAA